AUGGAAGCAGCGGCGCGACAGACCAACGCGGUCAUUGAACGCGAAUUCGCGACCGCUUCUCCUGCUACGACAGCCCGUGGAGCCGCAACGGCAGCAGCGUUUGAUCCCCAGUCGAUCGGUCUCGCCCCCGACUUUGUGCUGACCAAUUUCAGUGCCCUCAAAGGCUGUGGCUGCAAACUCCCGCAAGUUAAACUCCUGAGCUACUUGGACAACGUCAUGCCGACCGACGUGAAGCCCAACGAGACGCCGGGAAUGGACUCGAGUGUGGUCAAGAUCGCCCAUGGAUCGGACCUGUACCUCGUGUCGACCACCGACUUUUUCUUCCCUUCGGUCGAAGACCCCUAUGUCCAGGGCCAGAUCGCCUGUGCCAAUGUCCUAUCAGACGUCUACGCUAUGGGUGUCACUGAAGUCGACACGAUGCUCAUGAUCCUGGGCGUGUGUCGCGACAUGAGCGAGAAACAGCGCGACGUCGUCACGACGGAGAUGAUCCGCGGGUUCAAUGACCUGGCGCGCAAGGCGCAGACGAACGUCACGGGCGGCCAGACAGUCAUGAACCCAUGGCCUAUUGUUGGCGGUGUCGCCAUGAGCGUGCGAAGCGAGGCACAAAUUAUUCGUCCCGAGAACGCGGUCGUGGGCGACGUGAUCGUCUUGACAAAGCCUCUUGGCACGCAAGUUGCAGUGAAUGUGUUCCAGUGGAAGAAAAAACCCGAGCAGUGGCAGCGUGUGGCUCAGGUCGUGACGUCCGACGAUGCCGACGUGGCCUUCGAGAUGGCGUCCGAGUCGAUGAGUCGACUCAACCUGAACGCAGCAAAGAUGAUGCACAAGCAUGGUGCGCACUCUGCGACCGACGUGACGGGCUUUGGUCUUCUUGCCCACGCGCGCAACCAGGCCAAGUCGCAAUUGGCCGACGUCUCGUUUGAGCUGCACACGCUUCCAAUUAUCAAGAACAUGGUCGAGGUGAACAAGCGGAGAACGCAAAAGCGUUGUAUUCAAGAGCUGCGUGAGCUCGAUGACAAACCUGCGUGGAUCGUGGGCUGCGUGGUUGCCGGCUCAAAGGACGCGUACAUUGUACCCAGUCCAACGAUCAUUGAAGUAUCGCCGGAAGACUAA